AUGGCUCCUCGCAAGCCCCGCUGCAACUUCAAGGAAUGCAAGGAAGCAGCCCAGCGAAUUGUCGGGGACUGCAGCUUCUGCAGUGGGCAUUACUGCUCUAAACACCGGAUGUUGGAAGCCCACUCCUGCACUGGCCUGGAGGACUGCAAGAAGGAGUCCCACGCCCGCAACGCCGAUAAGCUGAACAGCGAGCGUACCCAUGUCAUCAAGGGCGUAUAG